AUGGCAGACGAACCUAAUGAGAGCACGCCUAUGCGCUCCACCCCCGAAGAUGAGGACGAGGUGUCUUCUGAGUCCAGCGGCGGCAGUGAGAGCGAGGAACAGGAACCGGAACAGGAACAAGAAGUUGAAUGGCUGGUGACCUCACGGCAAAGACGCUCCACGGCGGGGAAUCGCCUCAAUUCCCUCCUCCGGCAAGAAGAGCCUGACGACGAGCUCGAGCUCCUGUUUGCUGAGGACGACGACGAUGAAGUAUUUGAGGAUGAGGAGGCCGACCAGUCAGAUGUGCAGAUGGAUUCCUCAUCCGACGACGAAGAUCAAGGACCUGCCGCCGGCGUAGACGACCUCGAAGGCGAGAACGAGUUACAAAGGCAGAGCAAGGCGGAACGUCAAGCCAAGAAGCGGAAGUUGAACGAUGGGAUCCCAAAGGUGUUCAAGAGGAAGUCAAGGAUAGACGCAACUACUUCCGCUACGAUUACCCCCGCCCCAAGACCUAAGAAGAAAUCGGAGCGCCCAUCCUGGAUUCCGACGUCUGAAGACGCCCCAACUCGCGCUUCAGCGAGAGGGACGACAAGGCUAAGCAAACAGCAACUACACAAGCAGAUGGUAGAGCGAGAGCUGAAGAGGUUGAAACAACUGGAGAACAUGGAAAAGGCUUCUGCGGCCAAGAAAGCAGCUGCAAAACCGGCUAUGACACAAGAGGAUAGACUGAAGGAAGCUGCUAAGGUGGAGAAAAGCAAUGCCAAGAGUUUGAGUAGAUGGGAAGAGAUGGAGCAACAACGGGAAAGGGAACAGAAGGAGAGGCUAUUGGCACUACAAAACAGGACAUUGGAUGGGCCCGUCAUUACAUGGUGGAGUGGCAUGGCGGAAUGGGUUGGUGGCAAGUUGAAAAAGGUUGGACGGACAGUAGUUGUCCAUAACGAGCCCAAAGAGAAGAUCAGCAAGAAGAGGAAGGCUACAGAGCUGGAUGCCGAUUCAAAAGCUAUGGCGUCUCCUCCAACGAUUGUGGUCGCUACCCAAGAUCAGUCAACAACUGUAGACUCUCAAGGGCUCGCAAAACCUACGUUGCCCACUAAUGGACUGCCUUCGCCCGCGAAGGAAAUCACAAAUAUCCACGAGAGUCCAACUAUUCUUGAUGCUCAUCUCGAGGCUCUACCCCCAUCAGACUCUGGAGCCACGACGGAUGUCCAGAAAACUUCUACCCCUCCGGCGCCCCUUCAAACCUGUGGAACAUUCCCCCCUCAGCCUUCUUCAGCCCAGCCCCCUUCAGACGCCCCAAACCCAUCCUCUGUUCUCGCCCCUCCCCCGAUGCACGGGCCUUUCCCGCCCGUUCCAGAAUCAGGAGCGCCACGGCCUUCUUCAGUUCUGGCACCUCCUCCGAUCAAUGGCCCGUUCCCAGCACCUCAGAUAGCGCCAAACCAAACCUCCUACCCCCUCUUUAAGCUAGCUCCACCAGUCCAACCUACGUUUGAUGGUUCUAGUCCUCUGCCUGGAUUUGGGUACAAUUUCAUGGCCCCCAGUCAAUCUCCUUAUCCCGGUCCAUCACAGCCCUCAUUACCUUCUCAAUCCGCCCCUCCCCCUCCACCUGCAACCCCACCUCCUCCUGCCAUUGAACAUAGUGCCAUCAACUACCUCAUCCUCUCUAAUUUUGACGAGACCGCCAUUAAAGAGAAAGAUGUCCAGACGCAGAUCCUCUUCAACAGGAAGUUCCACAAACUCCCGAGGAUUAAACAUUCUACCGAACUUUGUGCUAUUACAUCAUAUCCAGCCAAAUACCGGGAUCCGUCCACAGGACUACCGUAUUCUAGCUCCUAUGCAUACAAAGAAAUACAGCGGCUGCAACGAGGGGAGUAUAAAUGGAGCAAGCUCGUAGGGGCCUAUGUAGGGCAGGGGACUUAUGCAGCGCGGGGUGUGCCGCCACGGUUUAUUGAUGCAUUACAUACACCGCAGGCCGCCCCGAAGCCGAGUUAA